CGUCAGAUAUUCCUUACAGGCUUUGUUUGUUCCUGCUCCGAUUUGUUCCUGUCUGAUUAGGACACGAUUUCUUUCUAGGACGAUUUCUGAUAUUACAGGCAAUGGAUCCUCCUGUCUCGGAUCUUGAGAGUAUCGAAGAUCAGAAAGAUAAAGGACCUUCCUUUCACUGUCAUCUUUACGAUACACAAGUAGUUCACAAGAUUGCUCAGGUUUUUCUCCCUGGAUUAGCCACUGCUUGUGUCGAUAACACUACCGGCGAUAUCUUCAGGAGUCCUGGUUCUGUGGCUGCUGACAUUCGAAAAGAAAUGAUCGAUUAUUUGACUCGUAGAAGCGAGAGCUUUGUGGCUGAACACAUUGUUCUUCAAGGUGGUUCUGAGAUUGAAGCUUCUCAUGAUCCUUUUGACAUUAUAUCUGAUUUCAUCGAUGAUUUUGCGACUUCUAAGCGGAAUUUGUUCAGCCGGGUUUCGGGUUGGAUGCUUAGCGAAAGGAGAGAAGAUAAUAUAGAUGAUUUCGCGCAAGAGAUGGAGAUAAGCGGCUUCUGGUUGACUGAUCAUAGAGAAGGGAUCGCUCAGACUUUGCUUAAAAACGUCGAUUUUAAAAGCAGUGCUCAUUGUGAGAUGAAAUUCCAAACCGAGGGAGAACUCGCAGAGCAUACCAUGAGUUGUGGGUAUAGAACCAUGAACUGUGAGAACGAGGGUUGCACUGCGGUCUUUUGCGCGAAUCAGAUGGAGAAUCACGAUUCAGUUUGCCCGUUCAAGAUCAUUCCGUGUGAGCAGAACUGCUCAGAGAGUAUCAUGAGACGUGAUAUGGAUAGGCAUUGUAUAACCGUAUGUCCUAUGAAACUUGUCAACUGUCCAUUUCAUGCUGUUGGUUGUCUAUCUGAUGUGCAUCAAUGUGAGGUCCAACAACAUCAUUUGGAUAAUGUAAGCUCUCAUUUGAUGUACAUUCUUCGGAGCAUCUACAAGGAAGCAUCUCCGGAUGAUCUCACACCCCGAGCUGAACAGAUACAGCAGUUGUCUACUCGGUUAUCUGAAGCUCGUAAUGCAAGAUCACUAACGAAUCUGGUCAAGGAAAUUGAUGGAAAGCUGGGGCCUUUAGUAAUCAAACCAAAGAUUGUUACUAACUCGGAGUCCGAUAAACCUGAAAAUACAGAAAAGGAAGCAUUAGAAGAAGCUGAGAUCAAAGAAAAACCGGAAACAAGCAACUUAAAAGCUGGUUCAUUGGAGCAAACCGCGAGGGAAGCUCCGGAAGAUGAAGUGGUUUCAAGAGAAUUAAAUGAUGCAAUGGUGGAAGAAGUUGCAAAGAAAGUUUCAGAAGCUGAGAUAGCAGACAAUGUUAAUGAAGAAGGAGAAUUAAAAGCGCAGAAGCUUUUAGAAAUAGGCGAGUUCAUAAAAGAAGGAGACAACAACUCUACAGAUGAUUUAUCAGAGAGAACCGAAACCAAAGCUCCAGAAGUUGUGGUCAUGGAUGAAGAUAGAGAGGAGGAGGAGGAGAGGGCAGAGACAAAAGACUCAAGAACAAAUGAAACAACCAGAGGUUUAGAGAUGAUUGAUGAAGAGACAAAGAAAUCGACUGAAACCAAAACGGAAGCUCCAUCAAGAAUAGUCAUGGACAAAGAGGAGGAUGAAGAGGUAAAGAAAUCAACUGAAACAGAAACCGAAGCUCCAUCGAGAAUAGUCAUGGAGACUGAGGAUGAUGAAGAGACAAUGAACUCAAGGGCUCGUGCUUCUGAUGAAGCUGAAGCACUCUCAAAGAGCUCUCAAGGUUUUUCUACCGUGCAAGCUGAAACCGUACCCCAUAUGUCUUAACAUCUUGAAGCUAACAUGUUUUCUUUUUACAUUUAACCAGUUUGUUUGUUUUCUGUCUGAAAAUAUUUGAGUCAUCGAAUGUAUCCAAUUUUGUAUUGCUUAUCAAUUGAUUGGUUUUUUUUGCCGUACUUCAUCAAUUGAUUACUUGAUUAUGAUUGUCCUACUGGUUUGGUUGCCCAAUUCUGAUAAACCUUUUCGAACCGGAAUCAAGAUCUCACCCAAUAAAUCAAUUCAUUAACA